AUGCGACUAAUCGAUGUCGACACACUCGAGAUCAAGACCUUCAGCGAGCAAGAUGUCCCGCAGUAUGCAAUCUUAUCGCACACGUGGGGGCCAGAUGAGGUCACAUUCCAAGAAAUGUCUCUGAUCACGCGCAUGCGCUCCACAUCUCAAGUCUUCAGCAGUCAAAGAUCAGACUAUUCUGAGGAUGGUGACGUUGACAAGGUCUAUGACUCUGGCGCGAUAAUGGUAGCUAUGGAGAUGCUCGUGCAGGGUGGUUGGGGUGUCGGAAUGAACGUUCCAAAUACAACCGAAGAUGCAUUAAUGAGGAGAGAGGGCUAUCGCAAGAUCACCCAAUCAGCUAGGGAAGCGAAGCACUUAGGAUACCAAUGGGUCUGGAUAGAUACAUGCUGCAUCGACAAGACUUCGAGUGCAGAGCUCCAAGAGUCCAUCAACUCUAUGUACAAGUGGUAUAAAGAGUCGGCAGUAUGUCUGGUCUUUCUAAAUGACAUUGCGCCGGAUGUUGCAGCAACCAUAGAUACACAAGCGACUUUUGAAGCGGCAAGCAAUGCGUUCACGAACUCCCGGUGGAUUACCAGAGGUUGGACUCUUCAAGAGCUUGUUGCCCCCACAUCUGUACGAUUUUACUACCAGGAUUGGACACUCAUGGGAGACAAGCGCGAGUUUCUUGAGGAGCUCUCCGAUGCGACCGGUAUACCAAUCUUCGUUCUCGAAAAUGGCGAGCUAAGCGAGCUUUCUCUGGCUGAACGAAUGUCGUGGGCUUGUUACAGACAAACAACAAGGAUAGAGGAUAUGGCAUAUUGUCUUCUAGGCAUUUUCGACAUCCAGAUGCCGCUCCUUUACGGGGAGGGAGAGAAAGCCUUCAUCCGCCUUCAGGAAGAGAUCCUCAAAACAACGGACGACUAUACGCUCUUCGCCUGGCGAGCCGUUGGUCCAGAAUCCCCUUCAGCCCCAAAGUCUACCUAUAGGGGUCUACUUGCACGCUCACCUCUCGAGUUUCGUGAUUGUCGUUCUGUGGAGCGCGAGAAUACAACGAGCACAUUCCCUAUGAGCGCGACUGCUAUAGGGCUCCACCUCGAAUUGGAGUUUCUGAACGAUCCAAAAGAUAGAACCCGGUUUCUAGCUCUGAUUCGGUGUAGUAAUUCUCUGAAUCAGCGUCUUGCUAUAUAUCUGAAAUGUCUGGACGGCGGCCACCAGUACGCCCGUGUCGAAGCAGGCUCGCUGGUCCCAAUUGACAAUUGGCCCACGGGCCAGCCCCGCUCCAUCUACGUAAAACAGAAGCUAUGCAUCCCACGGGACUUCUACGCUGUGGAGAUGCGUUGCAUUCGCGUACAGCGCCGCUUCGACAAUCACUCCAUUCCACCAACAGUCAAGAUAUCCUCCAUCUUUCCGCCCUCGGCUUGGAACCCGCAGACUCAUGAGCUUGCCAUACCUUCGACUACUCUCGAAUUCUUUGCCGUUCUCUUCCUACGCGCACAGUCAUCGCCCUAUGGUUCGUCUACCAUUUUCCAGGUCAUUGUUGGGUUCAAUCGAAGGAGCAAGCACUACUGGUGCAAAGCGAUACAGCGCAAAUGGCCGGAAGUGAACGUGGAUCCGUUGCGGUGGCACGCAGCGAUCAAGAAAGCGCUGCCGAUGGAGAUCAACGAUCCAUUACUGAAGGGCGAUGUGAGGCAUGAUAUCUUUGUUGUCGCAGAGAGCGGGAUGGGGAUCAACGUUGAGGUGGGAGCGGGCUUGAGUGGGGACCACAUAGCAUUGCAGCUUCUUAUCGAUGGGCUUGUGAAGGGGCCGUGA